ACGCAUGCGUGCAUGAAGUAGGGGCGGUUGCUAACGGCCGCAAUGCUCGCAUUGGCCCGUCCUGCUUUCCGUCGGGGCCCGCCUUUGUGGCAUCUUCUUCUGGGUGCUGUGAGGAGAGGGUUCGGCGGCGCCAUGCCCGGGAAGGGGAAGGCAAAGAGUCAAGAUACAGCCACUUCUCGUGUUCCUUCAAGCCCCGUGGCAGCUGAUAAAACCGGCUCUGUCACCAUUGCUGUUCAUGCCAAACCAGGAUCUAAACGAAAUGCUGUAACAGAUCUGAUGACAGAAGCAGUGGGUGUGGCCAUUGCCGCGCCUCCAUCUGAAGGGGAGGCCAACGCAGAGCUAUGCCGCUAUCUCGCCAAGGUCCUCGAGGUUAAGAAAAGCGAAGUAGUGUUAGAAAAGGGUGCUAAAUCACGAGAAAAAGUAGUGAAGAUUUUGGCACCUGUGACUCCCGAGGAAGUCUUAGAGCGGCUGAAAAAAGAAGCUGGGAGCUGAGACCAUCUAGCAGUGCUGAACAUGCCAUGUUUUACCAAGUUUUUUUUACUGGAUGUGGCAAAAAGGUUAGGUCCAAGCACACACCAAUGACAGUGAGAAGACAUUAACUCUUGUAGGUGACUGUAAGAUGUACAGCAAGGGAAGGGAAGGUACAGAAACUGUGGUUUUAUUUAAAAUAAUCUCAAAAGAUGCCACAACCUGAAGACUCUUCAUUGACCUGCAUGUUAAUUAUGAUUGAGUGCCUCCAAAAAUAACAUAUCUAGUCAGGCUGGAAACAAGCAGUUUUUUUCAUUGCACUGAAGGUGGUGUCGUAAGAGGCAUUGCUGUCCUUGGCGUGUUCGCUCAUCCCAUUGGCAUCUCUGAUAAAAGAAAGUUUGCAGAUUUUUGCACCGUUUCAAUAACCUGCCAAAAACGUUCUUGACCAAAGGCAACAGCAAAACACAGACAGUGAACUUUAUCCCCCAACAGGCAGUGAUUCCUCUCUUGUACCACUGUUGGUAAAAACAGUUGCAUGUCUUCACACUUGGCAUCUGGACAAUACUGGGAAGAUCUAUUUUUAUUUUCAUGUUAGUCUCUUUCCCCCAAGGUGAAUGAAACGUUAUGCAAAGAUUUCAGCUCACGGUCACUUGGCAUGCAUGAAUACAUCAUAAACGAGGGAGUGCUACUGACAGCCUGUGUUUCUGUUCCAGUUUGGUUUGGGGAAACAACCGUGCAGGCCCCGUUUCCUCCCUGAAGUUAAAGAAGCUUUUUUCAGCUUGCCUGAAUGCUGAUUUUGCUACAUUCUGCCCAAGAGCUUCCUAACUUUUUCACUGGUGUUAAUGUUUUCUGACUGUAUUCCGUACCUGGGUAUUCUGGAUCUCUUUUUCCCGGUCACACUGUGGCUGCUGCCUUGAUGGCAGUCGGGGUGCCUUAGGGACUGGUCUGCUUUAAAAUAAAGUGAGUCUGUCAUGCUGUCAGCUUGAUUGUUUGCAUCUGUUGGAGACUUCUGUUUACUCGAAUAGGAAAAUGACUAUUUGGUGGUUUCUCCAGUGUGGCUGCAAAAAAACACCCGGAAUGACUUAGACACCCAUUGAGCCGAACCAAAGUAUUCACCACUUUGGAGCAUAGUAAGGAAAUUCAAUCCGAAAAUUACUAGGAGGAGGGGGAGACAACUGCUCAGCUCAGACCUUCAAGACAUUAGGGCCUUGUGUUGGGAAGGAAGCUACAGCCAGACAAAGGUCUCUCCCCUUGGUGGUAGAAAAAAUGCUUUCUAUGCAGAAGGUCCCGGCUUCAUUCCAUGUUUUAGGAAGGACUACAGAUAACAAGCUAGGCAAAGACCGGAGUCUUUGGACAACUACCGCCUGUCUGAGGGGAUUGUCCUGGGUUCCAUGGCCCAGUGGUCUGAGCUGUUACAAAGCAACAUCCUUUGUGAAGUCACACAUGGCAUUUGCAUGGUUCAUUUUAUAUCGAUCUGCAGUUUUUGCAUAAUUAGGCCAUUCUUUUGCAUAAUAUUUUGCUGCUGAUGGGAAGAGGUAAUGAGCUUCACAGGACACAGAAAGAAAUCUUGGAUUCUGAGAACCACCGGGUGUUUGCCUUACGCUUUCAAACACACCUUUGAAAUCAUAAAAUCAAGAGAUUUGUUUUUGUUCUUUUAAAGAACGCUGAGGUGCUCCAGUAGUUGGUUUUUGCAGUCAAUACUACAUUCGCUUUUUGUGCAAAAUAAAAACAUA